AGUCGCCGACUGAUAAGAAUCCUUAUCAUUUCUGCUCCAUCAACUUUUUUUCGUUUGCGAAGCCAAGCCAUCCCGCCAUUGAACAACAUCAACAACACCGUCAAUUACCAUAUCCUAACGAUAAAAUGCGCCCUCUCACAGAAAAGGAGACCCAGACUCUGUUCGAGAAACUGGCAAAUUACACUGGCGGCUCCCUCAAGAACCUGAUCGCACCCCUCGACGACUCCCCGAACCCUGAUCGCUAUGUCUUCCGCCUAGUCCGCGAUCGUGUCUUUUACGUUCGUCUCUCGAUCGCCAACCUGGCUACCUCUAUUGCGCGUGAUAAGCUCCUCUCUCUAGGAACUUGUCUUGGCAAAUUCACAAAGUCUGGCAAGUUCCGCCUGCACAUCACAGCCCUUCCCAUCAUCGCCGAGCACGCCCGCUACAAGAUUUGGGUUAAGGAAAACGGAACCAUGCCCUUCCUAUACGGCAGCAACAUCGUCAAGGCGCAUGUCGGUCGUUGGUCAGAGGACUGCCCCGAACACCAAGGAGUUGUUGUCUACAGCAUGAACGAUACACCGCUCGGGUUUGGUGUCACUGCCCGCAGUACUGCCGAGGCCCGAAGAUUGGAUCCCACCGGUGUCACUUGUUUCAGACAGGCCGACUGUGGAGAGUACCUCCGUGACGAAGACAACUUGUUUGCGACGGGGUAGAGAGCAGUAUGGUUUACUUCGUCUGGCGUUGGGGCUAUUUUAAUCAUUCAUUCUUUGGCGUUGAGAGUGAGGAGGGAAAAGAAACUUGUGGCCAAGUCAACCAUGCUUGGGUUAUUUGGUAGAUUGGUAGAUAUCAUCAUCGUCAUCGUCAUCAAAGCGCUGUAUAUGUUGAAAUGUAUUCGCUUAACCCCAUUUUGUCCAUUUUCGAAGCCAUCUCUUUGCCUGCCUAUUCCAUUACCGCACCGUUUAUCUCUCGAGCUGGACUCACUGGCC